CCCCGACACGCACCCUGCCCGCCGUCGCUCCACGCCGCCGCCAUGCCCAGUGCCACGGGCUCCAGCUGGGAGAAGUACCAGAAGAACUUCGCCGACGACGAGGUCGAGGAGAAGAAGAUCACGCCGCUGACGGAUGAGGACAUCCAGGUGCUGAAGACGUACGGCGCGGCUCCCUACGGCGCCGAGCUGAAGAAGCUCGAGAAGGAGAUCAAGGACAAGCAGCAGACAAUAAACGAGAAGAUUGGCGUCAAGGAAUCAGACACGGGCCUCGCUCCACCACAUCUCUGGGACAUCGCCGCCGACCGCCAACGCAUGCAGGAGGAGCAGCCCCUCCAGGUCGCCCGCUGCACAAAGAUAAUACAGGACGACAAGGACGCCGAGAAGAGCAAGUAUGUCAUCAACGUCAAGCAGAUUGCAAAGUUCGUCGUCAACCUGGGCGAGCGCGUCUCCCCCACCGACAUCGAGGAGGGCAUGCGCGUCGGCGUCGACCGCAACAAGUACCAGAUCCUGCUGCCCCUGCCGCCCAAGAUCGACCCCUCGGUGACGAUGAUGACGGUCGAGGACAAGCCCGACGUCACAUACGGCGACGUCGGCGGCUGCAAGGACCAGAUCGAGAAGCUGCGCGAGGUCGUCGAGAUGCCCCUGCUAUCACCAGAGCGCUUCGUCAACCUCGGCAUCGACCCCCCCAAGGGCGCCCUCCUCUACGGCCCCCCCGGAACCGGCAAAACACUCUGCGCCCGCGCCGUCGCCAACCGCACAGACGCCACCUUCAUCCGCGUCAUCGGCUCCGAGCUCGUCCAAAAGUACGUCGGCGAGGGCGCGCGCAUGGUACGCGAGCUCUUCGAAAUGGCCCGCACAAAGAAAGCCUGCAUCAUCUUCUUCGACGAAAUCGACGCCGUAGGCGGCGCGCGCUUCGACGACGGCGCAGGCGGCGACAACGAAGUCCAACGCACCAUGCUCGAACUCAUCACACAACUCGACGGCUUCGACGCCCGCGGAAACAUCAAAGUCAUGUUCGCCACCAACCGCCCUUCCACCCUAGACCCCGCUCUCAUGCGCCCCGGCCGCAUCGACCGCAAGAUAGAAUUCUCCCUCCCUGAUAUGGAGGGCCGCGCGAAUAUCCUGCGCAUCCACGCCAAGAGUAUGAGCGUCGAGCGCGAUAUCCGCUGGGAACUCAUCUCCCGUCUCUGCCCUAACAGUACGGGUGCGGAGCUCAGGAGUGUUGCGACGGAGGCCGGUAUGUUUGCUAUCCGUGCGAGGAGGAAGGUCGCGACUGAGAAGGACUUUUUGGCUGCUGUGGAUAAGGUUAUCAAGGGUAAUCUCAAGUUCAACUCUACCGCGACGUAUAUGCAGUACAAUUAGGCUGCUUGGGAUGGACAUGGCUUGUGAAGGGCAGGCUGCGGAUGGGGGGGUUUAUAGAUGG